UGCCAGGGAGCCAGGCUUCCCACCCGGAGCCCCCUCCCCUCUCUCUCUUCGGCCAGCGGCUGCUGCUGCGUGCCGGGCUCCCGCGACUGGUUCCUCUUAAGCUCCCUGUCCCUUGGCUGGCGUCACAAUGGUGAUCAAAGUCUUUGUGGCCACGUCCUCGGGGUCGACGGCGAUCAAGAAGAAACAGCAAGAGGUAGUAGGUUUCUUAGAGGCCAACAAGAUUGAUUUUAAAGAACUGGACAUUGCCUGUGAUGAAGACAACCGGAAAUGGAUGCGAGAAAAUGUUCCAGGUGAAAAGAAGCCACAAAAUGGAAUCCCGCUCCCUCCACAAAUAUUCAAUGAGGAACAGUACUGUGGGGAUUUUGAGUCAUUUUUCUCUGCAAAAGAAGAAAAUAUUAUUUAUUCAUUCCUAGGCCUUGCUCCUCCACCAGGAUCAACGGAGGGACGGCUUAUUGAGGAAGAACCAACUGUGCCAAAUGGGGAUGUUUCAGGAGAAGAGAACAAACCUGCAGAAGAAAUUGAAAAGUCUGAGGCUACUGAAGAGAAUGAAGCACACACAGAAGACAAUGCAGAGGCAGAGUCUACGGAAGGAGUGACAGAAGAACAAGAAGAAGGCGAAGAACAAGCUGUGACAGAAGAAGCAGAAGAAGCCCAGGAGGAAGAGGGAGAGGCAGAAGAAGAGGCAGAAGAAGAGGAGGCAGGAGGUGAGGAGGGUGAAGAAGAGGAGCAAGAAGAAGAGGAAGAAGAAGAGGAAUCUUAGUAUAUUUGUAUGACUUUUUCCUUCAAAAGGAUUGUUCAGGAACCUGAAGCCCAUGGCAGUCACCACAGUGUGAAGAUAAAAACAACCACUUUCUGUCUGUUAAAACAUCAUUGCCUAUCCUCUCUCCAGCUCCAGAUAUUGGCACAGAUGUUACUUCAGACAACAAGCAGCACCACAUGCAGUCUUUAUAUAUAUGUUUAUGUUUGUGUGUAUGAUACUCUGGCUUUGUAUCAUAUGGAUCUUCAGAGCUUCAGAACCUGAUGACCAACCAACGCUGUGAAUCUGAUUUUAGGAUGCAGAUUCCCAUGGAUAGGGGUUGUUUCAGUUUCCAUGUUUCUGCCUUAUCCAGGCAUGCAAUGGCAACCCGUGGAAGAGAUGGUGUUCAGAACUGGAAACUCCCAAAAAGCUCUGUAUACCUAUGCCUUUUUAUCUGUAAACUAGCCUUUGAAGUGGGUGUUAUUUUUAAUGUACAGCGUAACUGAAAUAAACACAUUUCAUGCCAAGUA